GGGAGCGGAGACAAGACACAACACCAAGAUUUGUGAAGUGCCAAAUACUUGUUAUGAAAGCCAUUUUCCCAUUCACUCCCUGAUUGAUUGGCCGUUUUACCUGUGCUGUAUGGGGACUGGGGGUCACUAAUUACCGUGUGAGGUGUAUUAGGCGGUGAAAUUAAUGGAAAUAAGUCCAUGUGGAGGGGGACAGAGGCACCGGGUCGUGUUGACAUCGUGGGGUAAUUUGUCCCUAAUAACAAGCUCAUUUAUCACCGCUAUUGCUCUUUACUAUCAUGUUGUAAAUGCCUGUUAGUGUCCCACAAGUGUGUGUCCAUUCAAGAAACCCCCGUGACUGCUGUAAUGAGGCGACCACGCAGUGAAAUAAGAAUGGAACGAGGGUGUGCAGUUGUGAGUGGGAGGGGUGAGUGAGGCCGUGUGAGGGAUGCAAGAGAGAUGAAACACCACCUGACGCGUCCCUUAUGAGGAAGAGAAGAGGGAGGAAGAGGCCGAGAAUGGACACCCCACUGGCUACAGAAAUUUCUGCCGAUUUGGACGACGCUGAAGACAGGAAGGAAAAUGGAGAUAAAGAGGAAGAAGAAAAGGGAGAAGGAGGAAGAGAAGAUGUGGAGGAAAAGGAAGAGGAGGAGAAAGAGGAGGAGGAGGAGGAGAGUGUAAAUGGUGUUGAUGUGAUUUUAGAAGAUGCUGUGUCUGCUACUACUACUAUUGCUACAACAACUACUACUACUUCUACAGCUACUACUACUAUCUCUACAACUACUAUGCCCCUUACUACUACUACUACUACUACUACUUCUAGUGUUCUAUCUACAUCAUCACCACCACCAUCACCAUCACUGCCACUAUCACCACCACUACCACCUCCACUAUCCUCAUCACUAUCAUCUGAGUCACAACCAUUGCCCUCAUCACCAUCACCACCACCACCACAGAAGUUAGUGGAGUCAUCAUCACAUCAGUCACCACCACCAUCACCACUUCAUCUUCCAGCAUCACCAGUACAAUCAUCACAAUCAUUACCACUACCCCAACAAUCACCACCACAAUCACCACCAUCCACCGCCAUCACCACACCACAGUUACAAUCACCACGUUCAACUACAACACCACCACCACAAUCACCGCAGUCUACUACCACACCACCACCACAAUCAUCACCACUUCCUCCUCCAACCACACCACCACCUUUACAAUCACCAUGCUCACCACAAUCACCAACUCCCACCACACCUCCACAGUCACCACCACCACCUACCACACCACCACAGUCACCACCACCUCCUACCACACCACCACAAUCACCACCUCCUACCAGCACACCAUCACCACAGUCACCGUCACCCACCACCACCACCGCCACCACCUCCACCACCACCCUGCCACCUGGACUGACGCAAGAGGCCGUGGUGGCACAACUGAACCAGCUGCAGCAGACGGUGGUGUCCCACAUCCUGCAGUAUCAAGCAGGCAUCAUUGCUCAGUUCCAGCAGAUUCAACAGCAAAUGUUAUCCCAGCUGAGCAGUACCACCACCACCACAACCACCACCACCACCACCGCAGCUAUCACUCAGCCCCAGAGCCCAUCCCAAGCCAUCACCGGCACCACCACCUCCACUACCACCACCCUGGCCUCUUUACAGACCCCCAUCCCCAUCACCACUGCUGCUGCCACCCCAGCCACUGCCACACCACCGCCGCCUUACUCAGACAGGGUGAUGCGGAAGAGGAAGGUGUCCAGCAUCAUUGCAAAGGAAGAUCCACCUCAAGGGAGGGAAGUUCACAUGAAGAGGAAGAGAACUGCCUUUAAUGAGAAGCAAUACAAAGUGCUGGAGACCACGUUCGAGCACAACAACUUCCCCGAACCGAUAGACCAGCACUGCAUUGCCCUCCGCAUCAAGACGCCGUACCGCAGCAUUAAAAUGUGGUUCCAGAACAGACGAGCCAGCGUGCGGAAGAGACUCACGCCACAGGAGAAGGGUGCCCCCAACCAGGACAGCCGACCCAUCAAGAACGCCAGCGACCCGGACGCCCGCUGGUACUGCUCCCUCUGCCCCUCCACCUUCAUUGCCAAGAAGUUCCUGGACAACCACCGGGAGGCUCACAAGCAGGAGACGCUGUACUGCCCGGACUGCCACCUGGGCUUCACCCACAAGGUGCUGCUGGACACCCACCGCAUCUCCAAGUGUUCCUCCAAGACUGGCAUUGACCUCACCCACCUCAAGGACGAGGCUAUCGACCCGCCACCACCGCUGCAGAGCCUGCCGCACCGCCGCUCCCUCAGGAUCAAGGAGGAGAUCGCCACCCCAUCACCACAGCAGCAGCAGCAGCAGCAGCCUGCAGCCACAGCCACAGCCACAGCCACACCCACCACAGCUGUGGUGCAGCAAGGCUUCUCCCUCCAGGCUGGCCUCCCUCUCCUUCUCCUCCAGAAGCUGCAGAAGCAGCAGGAGCAGCAGCAGGAGACUACAGCACCAGUGGCAGCAUCUGCUGGGUCCUCCCCACCCCCUCUGGUGCAGGCCAACCCUCUGCUCUUGCAGCAACAGCAGCAGCAGCAGCGGCUGAUCCAGCAGCUACUGUUGGCACAGCUGCAGCAGGCCAAGGAGGGGCAGCAGAGUGUGGUGGUGAAGCAGGAACAACAGCAGGAGGAGGACAAGGAGGAGCAGCAGCACCACAAGGGGAUGGAGGAGGAUGGGGGGCUGGUGGAGCAGCGCGCCAUCAAGGAGGAGAUCCACAUCAAGGAGGAGGCGCACGAGGUGGAGCAUGAUACCCACGAGGAGAUGGACACCGGGGGAGGAGGAGGAGGAGGAGACGAGGGAAGAGCGGAGGAAUCUCCCCACUCCCCCUCCUCCUCCUCCUCCACCAGCACCACCACCAUCACCUACUCUGAGCAGCUCAAGCAGACCAUCCAGCAGCAGAUCCAGCAGAUCCAGCAGAACCAGCUGCACCUCAAGUUGCAACAGAUCCAACAGAAACAGAAGGAGCUUCAGCAGCAGCAGCAAGGCUCCAGCAGUGCCACAGAGGACUCCCCCAAGAACACCCACACGCUGGUGGCCCUGGGGUCGGGCGGCAGCCACGGCCAGGAGCCGCGCAUCAGGGUGAAGGAGGAGCUGCAGGAGGGCGGCAGUGGCGGUGGUGGUGCAUGCAAGGAGCCCCUCACCCUGCAGGACCAGAUCUCCUCCAUUCUGAAGAACCACGGCCUCAAGUCCCCCUGGCGCACUGCCUCACCCCCUGUGAAGGGCGAGCCUGGCCAGGGGGAGGGGGACAAGGGUCCCCAGCAGGAACGGGAGUCCAUGCAGGAGCAGAUCCAGGCCAUCCUCCGCCACCAGCAGGAGCAGCGCCGCAAGAUGGAGAAGGCUGGUGAUGAGAACGUGUCAGAGGAGACAGCCAUCAACAGCAUCAAGCGUUGCCGGCGCAGGACCACAGUGUUCAAUGAGGUUCAGCUGCGCACUCUGUACCUCCACUUCACGUACUGCAACUUCCCUGACCCCUCCAUGUUCAAGAUCAUCGGCAGCCUCACCAAGCUGGAGCCGCAGGUCAUCAAGAUUUGGUUCCAGAAUGAGCGGUCCAGGCAGAGGAAGAGAGCUGCCCACUUCCUUGAUGAAGUCAACUCCAAGGAGAAGCCGUACAAGUGCCGUGACUGUGGCAUGUCCUUCGCCAUGCUGACGUUCCUGGUGAAGCACAGCAUGCGGCACAGCGGGGAGACAGAUGCUGCCGCUGCUGCAAGGGAGGGUGCAGUGCGCACGUGCCCGCUGUGCCUGCAGAAGUGGAACCGUGAGGUGUUUGCGUCACACCUCAAGAGUCGCCACAACGUGAACUGGUCGCUGGUGGAGGAGCGUGCCGGCGGGUCCCUCACCUGCCACUUGUGCUCCAAGCAGUUCCCAGACCAGGACAGCCUGAUGGUGCACAAGCACCGCCACCUGGACGAGGACCAUGGGGUGCCUCCGCAGUGCCGGCAGUGCAAGACGACCUUUGUGAAUGCAGUGUGCCUGGAGGCACACAUGGAGACCCACCAACAAGAGUGGACCUUCCUGUGCACACUGUGUGAUGCACCCUUCCCUGAUAAAGUGCUGCUGGCCUCCCACCACAUGGGGCAUGGCAUGCCCCUGGCUGUGGUGAGCACCCUGGACCGGUCCCGCUCCCAGCUGCAGCACACCUCUGUCAGGAAGCUGCAGGCCCGUGGCCGCCGCCCCAACCAGGCUGCCUCCCCCACCACUGCUGCUGCCAACAGCGAGGGCUCCCCUGAGCCAGAGUCUGCCACCCCCACCAGUCCCUCUUCCACCCUUAAGUCUGCCUCCCCCCCCAACACCUCUGCCCCAGACACCCCAGCAGUGUCCACCUCCCAGGUGGUGCAGUCAUCGGCCAUCUUGGCCACGCCGCAGGGGGUGGGCGCCCUGCCCCUCACCCCACCAUCCUCUUCAGGGCCAGUGAGCUAUGUCAAGCUGAUCCCCAUCCAGCUCAUCCCUGUCAACAAUGCCAGCGGGGCGGGGCAGAAGGGGUCCAGCGGUGCCCCAGGGAGCCUCACCGGGGCCACCACCACCUUCAUCUCCGUGCCGGUGUCCCUGAAGGGUGCCGGGGACACGGCCACACCUGUGUCCGGCGCGUCAUCCAUUGUGAACUACCUGGUGGAGGCGCCACCCGCCACACUCAAGCCAGGGGAGAGGCACCGGGCCAAGGCGUUGCCCAACCUUAUUCCCAUUGGGGCUGGCCCCACCCCCACCACCCUGCCUCUCAAGGAGAAGAACACCCCUGAGGCACGCAGUCCCCCUGCCCCCCUCAAGGGCCGCCCUGUCCUCAGGGAUGGCAGGAAUGGCCUCAACACAGAGAACAAGGCCACAGACCACGACGGCCAGGAGGCUGAGGCGCAGGUCAACGAGGGAGGCAAGGGGGACACCUGGACGCCCCAGGACCCCCCUCCACCAACACACCAGAUCGCGGGCAAGAAGAGGUACGUGCCCAUCCUGCCUAUGAUCCCCCUGCCAGACACCCCCCCUCACUCCUCCACGCCCCCUGUCACGCCGCCCACCAGCCAGCACCUCAGGCAAUCCCGCAUGGUCUCCACCAAGCGACCCUGGCAGGGGUACGACCGUGGUGGCUACAAGCGCCGCCGCACACCGACCUACUUCACGGGCAGCCAGAGGGAGGUGCUGGAGGUCCACUUUGAGUACAACAACUUCCCUGAGCCAGUGGAGCAGCUGGCCAUUGCAAGUCAGCUGGGCGUGGACUACCCUGUGGUGAAGACCUGGUUCCAAAACACCAGGAAGAACAUGAGGAAGCAGCUCAAGGAGGAAGCCAAUUAUGACCAGGAUGGCCCAUUCCACUGUCACAAGUGUGGUGUUGCCUUCAUCACCCGCUCGGCCCUCACUGCACACUGUGACCGCCACCGCGACAAGACCAGCUUCUUCUGUGGCGAGUGUUGGAUGUACUUCACCCACCCGGCUGUCUUCAACACCCACCUCAUGAGCCAUGCGGGUAAAUUCGGAGACAAAAAGAAGAAGCCCUUGAGUUGUGAGGAAGAGGAAGAGGAAGAAGAUGAAGAGGAGGAGGGAGGAGGUAGCCAGAUGGAAGGUGAUGAAGAGGAAGAUGAGGAGGAGGAGGAAGAGGAAGAGGAGAAUGAGAGACGAAUAAAACGGAAGAAAGGAAAAGAUGGGGAGAAAGAAGAGGAGGAGGAGGAGGAGGAGGAGGAGGGAGACUGGAAGAACGAAAACAGUCGAGAAAUUACCGUAGAAUCCAAAAAAGAAGAGAGAAGAAGAAGAAGAAGAAGAAGAAAAGUAGAUGAAAACAAAACAGAUUCUCAGGAGGAGGAAGAGGAUGAGGAUGAAGAUGAGGAUGUGAAUAUAGAGCAACUGGAUGAGGAAGAUGAGGAAGAGGAGGAAGAGGAGGAGGAGGAGGAGAAGGAAGACGACUUGGAGGACUACCACUCCAUCAUGCCAGUGGAGUGUAUCCUUGACGAGCAGUCCGAGGAGGAGAUCGACAUUGGAACACCCAGCAGCACAGAAUCCCCUGGUCACAAAUGCCCUUCCUGUGAUGAGAGCUUUGCGUCGCUCAUCUCCCUGAAGGAACACACGUCCCUGCACUGCUCACAGAGGCGGCGGCGGCGGCGGCGGUCCACCUCCCCUCCAUUCGUGGCCGCCUGCACCACCACAACGCACCUCAACACCUCUGGGGAGCCACGCCGUGAGUUCUGCAGCUCCAUACGUUGCUUUGAGUGCCGGUCACUAUUCCCGGACCGCCAGUCGUUCAUGCACCACUUCACCGUGACGCGCUGCAGUCUGAACCGGCAGCGUAUCGAGUACACCGAGGAGGAGCAGAGCAUCCUGGCCACUCACUACAGGGAGAACAACUUCCCCAUGCCGGCUGAGAUGAGUUUGCUGGCCAAGCGGCUUGGCGUGCGCUACCGACAGAUCAUGCACUGGUUCCAGAACAGGCGUAGCAAGGAACGCAAGCAGCAGAGGGAGAACAAGAACCCGCCCGUGGAGUGUGUGGAGUGCAAAUCAACCUUCGUGACAGAGCAGAACCUGAAGAGCCACCAGGCAGCAGUGCACGGUGAGGCCAAGGAGAGCGCGGUGCAGGAGUUCCCCUGCACCGCGCCGGGCUGUGACGCCUCCUUCACCAACGAGGACCUGCUGGUGACACACAGACUGGCCCACCUGCCCGAGUCUGAGGGAAAUGGCAUGGGCAGCAGUCGCCUAACAAUCCUGGGACCAAAGCCACAGUGGAAGAACUUCACAGUGACAGUGUUAGAGGCUCACUACAGUGACAACAACUUCCCAGAGCCUAUGGACAUUGGCUACAUAGCACGGCGCCUUGAUGUGGACCCCCUGCAUAUACACAUGUGGUUCAAGGAGCGAAGGAACCAGCACAUCCGGAAGCUGGAGGAGAGUGGCCGGGUGGUGGUGGAGGGUGGCCUGGCGGUGAGCAGUCAGCGUGCCCUCAGCCGAGUCUGCAACACCUGCGACGCCGCCUUCAUCUGCCAGACUGACCUGGACACACACUCCGAGAUGCACAAGUCAUCGUGGGCACAGAAGUGUAACAUGUGCAGCAAAGAGUUUAGCAACGUCAUCGCGCUGGAGACUCACUGGAUCAGGCAUGGGGUGGAGUUCAUGGGGGAGGCGGGGGAGGGCACCAAGCAGGAGGCCACCACCACUGCCGCCACCACCACCGCUUCCACUACUACCACCACCACCACUGCGGCACCACCACCAUCACUGCCGGCACCUGAGAGGAUGGCCAAAGCUUCCUUCUCUGGAUUGCAGUUAAAGGUGCUGGAUGGCCACUACCAGCAAAAUCACUUCCCUGGAGCAGCCGAGGUGUGGCUGGUGGCCCGCCGCCUGGGGCUGCGACCAAGGCAGGUCACACACUGGUUCCAGAAUCGCCGCGGACGAGAGCGCCGUGCCCACAAGGUCACCACGCCGGCGUCACACCCAUGCCUAUGGUGUGGCGCGGCCUUCAUCACGCCACCUGCCCUCCGCCGCCACCGUCGCCACCACCGCAACACUGCAGCGCGUCAUGCCUGUGCCCAGUGCUCUGCUGUGUUCCUGACGGCAAUGCUGCUGGAGACGCACUCUCUCCUUCACCAGACAUCGCCACACAGCCGCUCCACCUCGCCCUCCCAGCGCCCACCAGACUCCAGCCGGGACCCACUGGCCGUGGGACAGGUGCGCCCUGGCACACUGCCUGCACCGUCCGACACAGACGAGUCAGACGGCAGUGAACCAGAGCUGAGCAUUGACCUGACCGCCACGCCAGCUGCAGAGGAGGGCCAGGGCGAGGCAGGCACGGCUGGCACUCACCCGGCACCCAGCUGGCACACCCCCCAGCCCGUCAUGGAGGAGGUGGACGAGGAGAUGGUGGAGAUGCUGCGUCACGCCGGCAUUGAGGUGACGGACGAGAGUCUGGCCGGCAAAGAGUCACCUGCAAGUAAGGACAAAGCAGCCAGCAAGGUGGAUGAGUCUGGUGAAGUGGGUGAGUCGGGUGAGGUGCGGGGGCAGGAGUUCACGCUGACGGAGGAAGAGGCGUCGGCUUCCUUGGAGAAGGAUGUGAUAUGUGAGCAGGUGUUCUUCGAUGACCACACCGACUCUGAGGACGACUCAGAGGAGGAGGAGCCCAGGCUGAAAAUUGUGAGUGCCUACACCAUAUCACCAUCAGAGAGUGACAAGGCCCGAGCCAGCGAGGCACAAUGAGGCCAGCCAGUGCCACUCCAAGCCCCCAUAAUGCAAUACUCCACAUCUGUUUAGUGGAAACUUACAAAACUCGUAAGAGGAAACUUCUGAAGCUGUUAUGAAUGUCUGAGAGGGUCAAGGAGGCUAUUGAAAGCUGUUGAAUGCUGUGGCGUUAGCAGCAAAGCAGUUCUGAAGCUGUGUGAAGCUGUGCAACAAGCUUUAGUGGCAACAUCAGGUGGUGUGUGUCUGUAUGAAGCUAGAGAUUUGUUAGAGAGCUUUUUUUUUACUAAGGAGUGUGGUGAGGCUGUUAUCGGAAUGGUGAAGGAUAGUCUUAAUGUGUAGUGAGGCUGUGGUGGUGGUGAUGGUGGUGGUGGUGAGCUGCUGGUGUUGCCUACCCUGCCCUGCCCUGCCCUGCCUCGUGCUGUUAAAAAGGGAGUCUUGUUGGGAAGCAUUUUUAUCCCUGUUCUGUCUGGCUGCUCAUGGCUGUCUCAAGUCACCUCUUGGCUGUGUUAUAUCACUUCUUAUUUUGAAUGGCUGUUGAUGAAGAAAACUUUGUUGGUUGAUUGAUUGCUGUUGAAAAGCUUGUAGUAGAAGCUGUUAGAGGCCAGCUUUUGUUUCUGUUAGAGGGUUACUGAUACAAAGUGCCAGUGGUGCAGGAAAUAACCACAGGGAUGACCUAAGAAAUUAAUUGUUUGAGUGCCAUGAGGAACACAUAAAAGACAAGAUACAAAUUAGUCACACAAAGGAUGUUACAAAAUGUUCUCAAGACAAAAUGUGGCAUUACGACGAAAGGAGAGGAGGAGGAGGAAGAAGAAGAUGAAGAAGAAGACGCUGUUAAGAAAGUGUUGCUGUGAUCACGGACACACGAAAAAAAAAGAAUGUUUCGGAGAAUUACGAAUCUCCAGCGGCGUGCAGAGAGAGGAAGACAGUGCUUUGUUGAUAAGGGUGAAACGAGUAUGUAUGUUAAUGUGACUUACAGACGAAGAACACUGGUGAUCUCGCCAACUCUGAGCAACGAUUUAGUGGAGAUGAAAGAAAACGGAGGCAGGGAGGAGUACAAAAAAACAACACACACACGUACACAGUCUUUCCUUUGUAUGUACGUAUAACUCUCCUGUGAGGGGUGUACAUGUGUGCGCAUCUCAGUACCUCCUAAUGUACGUACACACUUGGUUCGCUCGGUUCGCGGCAAAAUGGUUCAACAGAAAGUGGUUAUGAUGUUUGUGGUGGAGAAUUAUUAUUGUUUUGCUCAGGUACUGGGUAAUGCUAAUGGCCUGUAUGUGUGUGUUUGUUUGUGUGUGUGUGUGUGUGUGUGUGUGUGUGUGUGUGUGUGUGUGUGUGUGUGUGUGUGUGUCGCACUCAAGAAGGGCCGACGAAUUCUUACUCAGUCACAUUCAGGAAAGGAGAAACAGAAAAUGGAAGGAAACAAUGAAACGUGUGAUUGAUUUUAUUUUAAGUGUUUUUGUUUUUUUAUCUUGUUAUUUUGUUGUUUUUUUAGAUUUAUUUUUUAAGGAUUUUUUUUUUUUUUUUUUUUUUUUCUUUUUUAAGUUUUGAAAAAUGUCUGUGUGUGUUUGCAAAUUUUAAGCAUCUUUCCCAUUCCUAAGUUUCCUGUCAUUGUUUUAUUAUUCAUUGUCUCCAUUAUUAUUACUUUUAUUAUUAUUACUUUAUUUGCUUCUCUCUACCUCCACUUCCUCCUUCCUUCAUUCUUCUGUACCUUUCUCUCUCUCUCUCUCUCUCUCUCUCUCUCUCUCUCUCUCUCUCUCUCUCUCUCUCUCUCUCUCUCUCUCUCUCUCUCUCUCUCUCUCUCUCUCUCUCUCUCUCUCUCUCUCUCUCUCUCUCUCUCUCUCCUUGUUUUCCUCCAUGCCUCCAUUCCUCCAUCUUUUCUUCAUUUUCUCCCUUCUUCCUCUCAAUUUUUCCCUCCAUCCUUUCCUCACUUCAUCUCUCUCUCUCUCUCUCUCUCUCUCUCUCUCUCUCUCUCUCUCUCUCUCUCUCUCUCUCUCUCUCUCUCUCUCUCUCUCUCUCUCUCUCUCUCUCUCUCUCUCUCUCUCUCUCUCUCUCUCUCUCUCUCUCUCUCUCUCUCUCUCUCUCUCUGCAUUCUUUCAUAUACAUCAAGGAGGAAGAAUAUUAAAUGUGUAUAUUCUAAAUCUCUUUAUUUUGUAUAGCAGAGUGUAUGCUUAGUUGUGUAUACGUAGAGUAUGUGCCAUAUAUAUGUGUGUAUCUCUCUCUCUCUCUCUCUCUCUCUCUCUCUCUCUUCUCUCUCUCUCUCUCUCUCUCUCUCUCUCUCUCUCUCUCUCUCUCUCUCUCUCUCUCUCUGUGUGUGUGUGUGUGUGUGUGUGUGUGAAAGUAAAUUGCAGUGAAUGUGGGAAGAAGAAAGAAAAAGAACCAAUUAUUGAUGUAGAAAGAGUAAUGAAUUAUGGGAACAGGAAGGAAGAGUGGGAAAAAAAUAUAUAGUAACAUUAACAAAACAAAAUAAACCUCUCACUUGUUAUGAUACAAAAAAAAUGCAUGUUAUUAUUAUUAUUAUUAUUAUUAUUAUUAUUAUUAUUAUUAUUAUUAUUAUUAUUACCGUAACUGAUAUUCUCAGUCUAACGUAUGCUUGUGAUGGUAACUGGUGAAGGUGGUGGUGGUGGUGGUGGUAACAGUGCAAAGUUCAGAGGAGGAACAAAGAGAGAAAAAAAGAUUUAAAGUUUUGUAUAUAUAAAAUGUUAACGGUUUUUUUUUUAGAAUCUUAAGGGCAUUAGAUGAGGCAGACAGAAAACAAAAACAAACAAAAAAAAACAUUGAAAACUUACCAAAAUGCCAAAUAUGUAUGUGUGAAUGUGUAAAUAAACGUGUGUGCGUAUAUGUGUGAGUGUGUGUGUGUUUGCGCGCGCCUGUAUGUGUGUGGGCGGGCAGUCACGCGCACAACAGCUCAGUUAGGUGCGUUGAUAAGAGUGUGGUAGCCUAGGAGUCGCCACCAGUUAUAGGUAGUGUGUAGUGGUGGUGAUGACUUGUUAUACUUACUACUAAUUGCAAUGCACUCUCGUGAUUUGUGUGAGGGUGGUGGUGGUGGUGGUGAUGUGCGUGUGUGUGCGUGUUUAUCUCACAUUUCUUCCUUUUGUGUAACUUCCAUUAUUUCUUCGUUUCUUUCGUUUUUUUUUUUUUUUCCUUCCUUUCCAUAGAGAACAGUUCCUAUUUAUUCUCCUUCCUUCCUUUUCAUAACCACAUCGUCAUUUCUUCCUUCCUUUCUUGUUUCCUCCUCCAUUCCUGUACAGAACACAUCAAUUCUUCUUUCUUCCUACCUCCCUUCCUUCCUCCCUUCUUUAUUUUCUUUUCAUUCCUAUACAAAACAUUUCAUUUCACAUUCCUUUCUUCCUUCUACUCCUCUUGCUCCUCCUCUUCCUCUAGACAUCCCACCGCCACCACCACCACCGCCGCCGCCUCCUUCAGAAUGAAUGUAAAGAAAACUGAAUAUUUGUAGGCAAUGAGAAAUGUUGAGAUGGAAAAACAUUUAUACCACAGUUUUAAAUGUUCCCUUUCUUGUUGUAUUACUAACGUACAUACAGACACAGUAGGUAUAUACACACUCACACACAUACGUGCAAACAUACACACAUACAUACAUACAUAUACACACGUAUGCAAUAUCCCCUCUUUCAUGUAUUUUCUAUGUACUUAAAAUAGAAGAAAAAUUACAAAAAUAUAUAUAUAUAAGAAUUCACAUGUACUAUAUUUGUUAUUUGUAAAAGGAACAUUGCAACACUCAGUCCUCCUCCUCCUCCUCCUCUUCCUUAUGUAGUAUGGUAGUAUAUUGUUCACAUACAGGUUAGUCCUCCUUCUCCUCUUCCUCCGGUUCUUCUUCUUCUUCUUCUUCUUCUUCUUCUUCUUCUUCUUCUUCUUCUUCUUCUUCUUCUUCUUCCUUCUCCUCCCCCUUUUUUUUUAUUUAUUUAUUUAUUUAUUUUUUUUUUUAGUUUGUACAAGAUUUUUAGUGUGUCGGUCCGUUCUUUAUUUAUACAUAGUGCCAUUACUACUACUACUACUACUACUACUACUACUACUACUAUUUUUUCAUCCACUACCAACAAUAAUAAUUCUACUACUACUACUACUACUACUACCAACUUGACUAGUACUCCUAGCUCCCCUAGUACUGCCUCUAGCUCCACCACCAACACUACUACUACUACUACUAAUACUACUACUACCAAUGCUGCUUCUCUCCAUCUCUUAUCAUCACCACCACCAUCCCUCCUCCCCCUCAUCCUCCUGUUCUUCUACUACUACUACUACUACUACUACUGCCCGGUAUAUUCCUUGCCCCAGUAAGGAAAGAAAUAUUACAUUACGUUUGUACAAUUUGGGAUCUCGACGCAGAGUUUUUUGGUUGAUUAAUUUACGUGAAGGCAGUUAGGUUUAUUUUGUGUCUCAGACGAUAAUCUUACGUACGCUUUUACUUUAGCAACUGUAGAAACGUGUUAGGUAAUAUAAUUGUAUUCUUAUUUAUUGCUUUUAUUGACUUUUUUAUAUCGCGGGUUCUUUGCUGGUUAUCCAAGUGGCUAUUAUUGUUAUUAUCAUUAUCAGCGUUUGUCUUGACGUUUUUUUACUCAAGCUUAUUUGUUUAUUUUUUUUAUUUAUUUACUUAUUUAUUUAUAUAUUUAUUUUAUUUUAUUUUUUAUUUAUUUUAUUUAUUUAUUUUUUUUUUUUCGAGAGGGUUUGAGAAGCGUAAUGUGUGGUUUUGUGUUUAUUCAGUUUCGUUUCUUUCGUACACUCAUUUAGAGGUAAGAUUAUUAUUAUUAUUUUUUUUUAAGGAAAUAAGAAAAAAAUAGGAUUAAAAAAAUGUUUAGUUCAUAUUUCCAUUUCUGUUUGUUCCGUUCACUUAAUUAAACGAUUUUUUUUUUUUUUAAGGAAAAUUUGAAGGAGCUAAUUUUAUUUUUUUUUUCUUUUGCAUCGCCGUCAUGGAAUCUAUUAUUAUUUUUUUUUCGGGAGCUUUUUUUUGUACAUUGUGCUGCUUCGUUUGUUUGUCUCCAUCGUGAUUAUUUAUGUGUUCGUACGUACGUUUGUUUGUCUGUUUGUUUGAGUUAUGGUGGCGCUUGGAAUGCUUGGAUGUAUCGUUUGUUUUGUUAGAAUUGCUUGGUGGUGUUUGUGCUUCUUAUAUUGUUAUUAUUAUUAUUAUUAUUAUUAUUAUUAUUAUUAUUAUUAUUAUUAUUAUUAUUGACUGCGUUAUACGUCUCCUAUUUUUAUCGUUUUUCAUUAUUUUUGAGAAGCAAGGGUGGUGGUUUUGCAUUAUUAUUAUUAUUAUUAUUAUUAUUAUUAUUAUUAUUAUUAUUAUUAUUAUUAUUAUUAAUCACUUAGUCACAGGCUGCCAUGUAGUACAAUUAAGUGCAUAAGUUAUUAAUUAUUGUCUUUAUGACUCUCUCUCUCUCUCUCUCUCUCUCUCUCUCUCUCUCUCUCUCUCUCUCUCUCUCUCUCUCUCUCUCUCUCUCUCGCUUGUAGGCAAAUGGAUUUCCUCUGGAAUUUUUUCUAAAUAUUCUGUAGUUUUUUGCCAUAAAGGCUGAAAUUUUAGACUA